UGUUAUGAAUUUGGCAUUGGAACUGCAAAAGAUUUUAUAAAAUCAGUACAUUGGUAUAAAAAAGCGGCAAAAAGAGGAAAUACAAGUGCAAAACUAAAUCUUGCAAACUGUUAUAGAUUAGGAAAAGGGUUGCCAUUUGAUUUAAUUAAUCACUAUAAAAAAGAUAAAGGUGUAAGAAAAGAUGGAAGAAAAGCUUUUGAAUUCCAUAGACUUUUAGCUGAACAAGGAUAUAUAAAUGCAAAAUUUCAACUUGGAUAUUGUUAUGAUGAAGGAAUUGGAAUUGAUAUUAGUAAAGUAAAAGCAUUUGAAUUAUAUAAAGUAGCAGCAGAAAAAGGAAAUAAUGAAGCACAAUAUAAUUUGAGUAUUUUAUAUGAAUUAGGAGAAGGAGUUGAUAAAAAUGAGGAAAAAGCAUUUGAAAUAAUUAAAAAAUUAGCAGAAAAAGGAGAUCCGGAUGCAAAUUAUAAACUUGCUUACUACUAUAAUAAAGGAAUCGGAACUGAAAUUAAUAAAUCAAAAGCAUAUGAAUCAUAUAAUAUAGCAGCUGAAACAGGAAACAAUGAAGCACGAUUUAAUUUAGCCAUAUUAUAUCAAUUUGGAGUUAGUGAUGAUAAGAAGAAAGCAUUUAAAUUAAUGAAAGAUUUAGCGGAAAAAGAUGAUGUAAAUGCUCAAUUCAAACUUGGAUAUUAUUAUGAUGAAGGAAUUGGAACUAAAAUUAAUAAAUCAAAGGCAUUUGAAUUAUAUAAUAUAGCAGCUGAAAAGGGGAGCAAUGAAGCACGAUUUAAUUUAUUUAAUUUAGCCAUAUUAUAUCAGCUUGGAGAUGGAGUUAAUGAAGAUAAGAAGAAAGCAUUUGAAUUAAUGAAAGGUUUAGCAAAAAAAGAUGAUGUAAAUGCUCAAUUCAAACUUGGAUAUUAUUAUAAUGAAGGAAUUGGUACUGAAAUUAAUAAAUCAAAAGCGUUUGAAUUAUAUAGUAUAGCAGCUGAAAAAGGCAUUAAGGCACAAUAUAAUUUGGCCAUUUUAUAUCAAUAUGGAGAAGGUAUUAAUAAAGAUGAAAAGAAAGCGUUUGAAUUAAUAGAAAACCUAGCCGCCGAAAAUGAUUUAGAUGCUCAAUUACAGCUUGGAUAUUAUUAUUAUGAAGGAAUUGGAACUGAAAUUAAUAAAUCAAAAGCAUUUGAAUUGUCUAAAGUAGCAGCAGAAAAAGGAAAUACUGAUGCACAAUUUAUUUUAGGUACAUUAUAUCAAAUUGGAGAAGGAGUUGCUAAAAAUGAGAAAAAAGCAUUUGAAUUAAUAAAAGAUUUAGCUGAAACAGAUUAUUCAGAUGCUCAAUUUCAACUUGGAUAUUAUUAUAACGAAGGAAUUGGGAUCAAAAGAGAUCUUAAAAAUUCCUUUUACUGGCACCAAAAAGCAGCAGAAAAUGGCAAUAAAACCGCACAGUAUGAUAUAGGUGAAAGCUAUGAAUUAGGAAUUGGGACUGAUAAAGAUUUAAUUAAAGCAUUUUAUUUUUAUGCAAAAUCGGCUGAAAAUGGAGAUAUUUGUGCAAAAUUUCAACUUGGAUACUGCUAUAUAAAUGGUAUUGGAACGGAAAUUAAUAAAGUAAAAGGAUUUGAAUUAUAUAAUGAGGCGGCUGGCACUAAUAUCCAAAUUAACCUUAUUGAAAAUGAUGAAGAAAUAGUAAAUGAUUUAGACAAAGUUAAUUAUUAG